GAGAAAUAAUAAACCAAACCACACAGCACAGGUAAAUGCAACAAAAGGGGAGAUCUUGUAAUAGAAGAUCCAGGACAUUUUUCAGAUCCCGCAUUGCCGUUGAGGGUUCUUAAUUACUCUUCUCUUUCUUAAAUAAAUAAAUUCAGACACACACAAAUCCCAUCUUCUUCUUCUUUACCAACCCAUAACCCAAUACCACCUCAUUCAUCCAUCCAUCGCCAUGGCCGCCAUUACAGAGCAAGAGCGUGAGGUUCAGAAGAAUUACUGGGUUGAGCAUUCCGUCAACCUUACUUUGGAAGACAUGAUGCUCGAUUCCAAAGCCUCUGAUCUCGACAAAGAAGAGAGGCCUGAGGUACUGGCUAUGCUCCCACCAUAUGAAGGAAAGUCAAUCCUCGAACUUGGAGCUGGUAUUGGCCGUUUCACCGGUGAAUUGGCUAAAAAAGCUGGCCAUGUUACUGCUUUGGACUUCAUCGAGAGCGUAAUCAAGAAGAAUGAAGCCAUUAACAAACAUCAUAAAAACGUGGAAUUCAUGUGUGCUGAUGUCACAUCCCCGGACUUGAACUUCCCCGAAGGAUCUCUAGACAUGAUUUUUUCAAACUGGCUUUUGAUGUAUCUCUCCGAUGCAGAGGUGGAGAAGCUUGCACAGAGAAUGGUGAAAUGGUUGAAAGUUGGUGGCUACAUAUUCUUCAGAGAAUCGUGUUUCCACCAAUCGGGCGAUCACAAACGAAAGAGUAACCCUACUCAUUACCGUGAGCCAAGCUUUUAUACAAAGGUGUUUAAAGAAUGUCACUCGAAUGAUAGUUCUGGAAGUUCGUUCGAACUCGCUCUUAUUGGUUGGAAGUGCGUCGGAGCAUAUGUACGUAACAAAAAGAAUCAGAAUCAGAUUUGCUGGGUUUGGCAGAAGGUGACAUCAGACGACGACAGAGGUUUCCAGAAGUUUCUAGACACUGUCCAAUACAAACGUAGCGGAAUAUUGCGCUACGAGCGUGUCUUUGGAGAGGGAUAUGUCAGCACUGGAGGAUUAGAUACGACAAGAGAAUUUGUGGAUAAACUGGAGCUUGAAGCUGGGCAGAAAGUUCUAGACGUCGGGUGCGGAAUCGGUGGAGGUGAUUUCUACAUGGCGGAAAAGUACGAUGUUCAUGUCGUUGGAAUCGACUUAUCAAUUAAUAUGAUUUCUUUUGCACUCGAACGUGCAAUUGGUCUCAAAUGUGCCGUUGAAUUUGAAGUCGCUGACUGUACCAAAAAGGACUACCCCGACGGUACUUUUGAUGUUAUAUACAGUCGCGACACUAUUCUUCACAUUCAAGACAAACCUGCACUGUUCAGAUCGUUCUACAAGUGGCUGAAGCCAGGUGGCAAAGUCCUUAUCAGUGAUUAUUGCAAAAAUGCCGGUGCCUCUUCUGCUGAUUUUACCGAGUACAUCAAACAAAGGGGAUAUGAUCUACACGAUGUAGAGGCUUACGGCCAGAUGCUUCGUGAUGCUGGCUUUGAUGAUGUCAUUGCCGAGGAUCGCACUAAUCAGUUCAUGACGGUUCUCGAGAAGGAAUUGAAUGCAGUUGAGAAAGACAAGGAAACUUUCAUAAGGGACUUCUCUCAAGAAGACUACGAUGAUAUAGUUGGAGGUUGGAAAUCGAAGCUCGUGAGGACUUCGUCUGGAGAGCAGAGGUGGGGUUUGUUUAUUGCCAAGAAAAUGUGAAAACUAUUGCAAGUUGUUUUUACCAGUGAAGCUCUCCUCUUUCUAUGUGUUUGUUUGAAGUUAGUAAUAAAUGGGCUUUUGUUUGUGUUUGUAAUAAAAUCUGUUAAGUGAUUGGACGACAAUGGAUUUUCUAUGAUUUAUGUAAUAAUAUGUGAGGAUGAAGUUAUCUUGCAAUCUGGUUUAGAUGUUUACUU